CUCGAGCAAUGCGGGCCCAAGGAUAUCGCUUGGCGCGGCCGUGGGCAUCGGUAUCGGCGCGACGGCACUGGUGCUGGUUGUUGUCGUGAUGUUGUUCCUCGUCGUCCGCUCAAGACGGAAAGGUCCCGGCGCUACAGGAUCCAGUAUAGAAAAGCCAUCUAUAACUGGUCCCAAGCUGAUCCAAGACAAUCCCUUCGAUGGCCAGGACAUGUCAUAUAUCUCCGACGGAGCGGAGCUGGGCACCGCUGGCGCCCCUCUCAACCGAUACGGCGGUGGUGCAGGCCAGCCAGGGACUAGUGGCUGGGUUAGUGAAGUCCCUGGCAGCUCGGGAUACGGACGUGUUGCCAAGGAUGGGGCCAUAGUGAGGAGCAACGAGUAUGCGUACGCCGAGCCCUACACGAAUAUGCGUCCGGACGGGAAUGACAUGGUAGCUGUCAACGGGAGUCAAUCUGCGGAGCUAGGCUGGUCGCGACCGCCAGCAGCAGAGGAUGCGAGGCGGCCAGCCGCGAAGGACGUGCCACCACCAGGGUAUUUCUGAGUAUAUCAUUUACAGGAGAGUCAGAAUUCAGAGUCCCUCUGCAUGCUCCCAGGGCAAGCAUCACGGCCCGCAGCACGUGAAUGCUACACAGCUUGGUGGUCGCUAUCUGCGAAUCGAAGUGAAGCCAAGCAAACGACACACUCCACACCAAGCUGAGUCGUCUAGCGAGGCGCUAUACUGCGCUCGUGAGACACAGAGCUAAUGGCUUAUCCAGCCUGCCCUGUCGUUACAGAAUGCAUAUGUACCCAAGCUCGCUCGCUUGCACUUUGUCGAGUGUGCCUCGGGAAAUUUAGGUCUACCACUAGCACUAGCCGCCUCCCUAUGCGAACGGUUGUGAGGUGGCCAAGGCACGAGACGAAUGGGAAGCCCGCGAGCUGUAAGGAAGCUGACGCGGCCCGUGGAUCACGAGUCUCUGUACAUGCAAUUCGCAGUAUAUUCCAG